AUGAGUACAAAGAAAUAUAAGGGCAGAGAUGACACUUUCAGUCACGAGCAGAUAAUGGCCCCUCGCGAGGAAGAAUGGAUGGAGGAGAAUAUUUCUUUCAAGGAGAUGUUGAUGCGGCAUAAUGGGGAAUGGGAGAUGAAUGAUGCAGAAGAAGAAGAAGCGGCUAGGGAGGCAGAAGAUGUGACACAAGAAGAUCAGCCUGAUUCAAAUGAAAACCCCCAAUCGGAGGUGUUUUGGGAAAUGGACAAGGAUGGAAAAAUCAACUUCAAGCUAUCGAAUGAAUUCAAGAAGAAGGCUUGGAGGCCAUGGAGGAAGUCAGUUUUUGUGAAAUUAUUGGGAAAGAAGCUAGCUUUGCCAGUUAUGAAGAAGAGGCUUGAGAACCUCUGGGCGAGGGAGGGCCAGAUAUAUGUCACAGAUGUUGAAAACGGUUUUUUUUUGGUAAGAUUUGUGGACCAGAAGCAUAUGGAUUAUGCGCUUACUGCAGGGCCAUGGGUUCUAUUCGAUCAUUACCUGACGAUUAGGUCCUGGGAACUAGAUUUUCAGCCUUUCUCUGCUUCGAUAGGUAGAAUCAUGGCGUGCGUAAGGUUACCUGGGUUUCCGGUUGAGUAUGUGAAUACUGAGCUAUUGAGAGAAGUAGGGAAUUGGCUGGGUAAAUUCAUUAAAGUUGAUGCAGCCACAACAUCUCUUGCUAGAGGAAAGUUUGCUCGAAUUUUUGUGGAAUUGGAUUUGAGCAAUCCUCUACAAGCAGAAUACAAAAUUGAUGGCAGGUUAAAGAAGGUAGAAUAUGAGGGUCUUCAUUUAGUGUGCUUUUGUUGUGGGAAAUAUGGUCAUCGAUCAGAGAGUUACCCCAAUAAGAUGUCCCAAGAGAUUGUUCUGCUAGAAGAAAAACAGGAUAAACAAGGUAAUUAG